AUGUUCUCGUCCCAAUUAAGGAAUCUAGUCUCUUUGAGAGCUAGAAAUAUUUCUAAAAGGAUCAAACAAGCUUUAGAAGAGUUAAGUGAACAUAUUGAAAACAACUUGGCCAAUCAUCCUUCUAAAUCACCCGUUCCAGUUCCAGUAAGGGUUCCAGUACCUUCAAGAAGGUUCAAUAAGAAUAAUUUUGGUGCCCAUGGUUGUAGAAGCAAACGAUUUUUACACUUAUUAAGUUCAGUUUUGGAUCAUUUUACUAAAAUACCAAAACAAAAAUUUAUUAAUGUUGGUAGUUCAUUACAGAAAAGAAGCUAUUCUAACUAUUCAAAUAUUCUUAGUUCAAAAUAUAAGAUAGGUUGGUUUAAGUUUAUUAAUCAAACGAGUAAAAAUACUUUGAUUUAUAAAAAUUUCCAAUCAAGUUAUCAACUGUGGUACCGUUUUAAAUUUUAUAAAGCACCAACGGUAAUUUCCGUUCUUCGUCAAAGCUUAGGGGUUGAUUCAUUAUCUAAUAAGAGAUUAAAGCUUAAUCAUUCAAAAUUUUAUGAAGAUUCUAAACUUGAUCAACCAAAAUCGAACUUGUUACUUAAUUUAUCAUUAUCCCCUAAAUUUCAUGAUACUAUAUUGAAUUUAUCCAAAAAUUCAAAUAUUGAAGAUGACAUUUCUGUCACCGAACACGAAAUUAUCAAAUCUUGUUAUCUUGAUUUCUCAAUUAAUCCAAAAUUAUUAAUUCCUUCUUCAACUAUCUUAAAUGAAGAUAUUUUGAAUGAAAUGAUUGAAAAUGUUAAAACUUUUGAAAAAACUCUAAUUGAAAUUAAAACUGAUUUAAUUAAGUUAAGCGAAUUAGGUGAAUUACCCCUUAAAUAUUUAUCAAAUCAAAAUAUUAUAAGAAUUUAUUUCCCUAAUUGUGAUAAAAAUAAAUUACAAUCUCUUUUAUUAGAAAAAGAUAUUCACCAUGGAACCAUCUACGAAGAAGAAGAUGCCUUUGAUAAUCUUUCCUCUUCAUCAUCGUCUCCUCCUACAAUUCCAAUCAGCGAAUUUGAUAUCUUGAGUAAUUUUAACUUAUCUGAUAACCUGCAAUCUUCCAUCAAUGACGAAGAUCACGAUUUGAUUUCUACCAGUGAAGAAGAUCAACGCUUGAACUCUUCCUCAAUAAAACAAAUCGAAACCGAGUCAAUCAACCAAGUUAGAACUAACUCGAAUAAUAUCCAAAUUAAUAGUUACGACGAUUUUUACUGGGCCUAG